AGGCGGGAGAUUUUCAGUCUCAUAUUUCGAUACGUUUUACCAAAAUUUAAUCCGGAAUUGUUUAAUAUUUUGUGCCUUUGGCCACAGAAACUCCAACUCCCAAGCGAAAUUCGAAUUUUCCACAGCAAAAAAACCAAUAAAAAAAAAAAAGAAAACAUAUAUAUGAAGAAAAAUGUGCAAUCGAACGCGUUGGGGACGCAUCGAUCCCAGUGUUCAGGUCGAUUUGGUGCAGGGUCCCGCUGAUCGUGUGCUCCAGCUGGACCAUAGAACGCUUCCGGGUUAUGUGGAACAGCAGCUGCUGUUGAUGGCGUCACCAUCGCCGUUUCUCAAUUUCCUGAACAAGUUUCGGCUGGACGAGAUACUGAUCAAUCAUCAGCUGAAAGGCGUCUACACGAUGCGCACCUCGGCGACGGUCACCGAAGUGGCCACGCACGCCUGGCGCAUCAUGAGCAUGGCCGAUCGUCAGCCGUACAUACGGCUGGCCCGCAAGGCGCAGCAGAUACAGCAGGCGCGCGUGCUCCAUUUUCUGGGCAACAAUUGCCGCCGGCCCGCGAAGCCGUCCUAGUUCAAGUUUCAAGUCUUUAAUGUCGUUCCAUUUUGUUUGCUUGACUUGUCAGUUUCCAAAUGAAAAAUACAACAACUAAUUGAUUGAUCCCUCAUUCCUAAU